AUGUGUCUGUUGGCGCUGGGCGAAGUCUCCCAAAAGGUGGCAGAGAAUGAGAAAGUUCAGCAGAGCGUGGAGUGGGCCAAGAAGAGAGCGUCGGCGAUAGCCGAGGAUGAGCGCGUGCAAAAGGGGCUCGAAGUUGCCAAGGACACUGGGAAAGUCGUCAUGGAGAAGACCCAACAAGGCUUGGAAGCAGUCAAGGAGAGGACGCGCGAAUGGCGGGCUGGCGCUGGCACGGUGUGGGAGAAGGGAGCUGGAAGCAUACAGAGAAUUCGAACAGAGGGUGUUAGCGCCAUGGCAUGGAGAGGAUCUGCACGAGACACCCUGGACAUGGCAGCGCGGGAGGAGUUGAACUCGCGAACAGUCUCGUGA